AGAUUUUGAGUAUCAAAAUGUCCAAAGGGUCGGUGUCUGGUCGAGGGCGAAAAACCUACCCGUGCAAGAUCAACCUUAUUAAAAGGCUAUAUAUGCUGAAUGUGGACGAUGAUAGUGAAGUGGACUGGGAGCAGAUGUGUGAUGCUGUUGGCAACGUGCCUCCUCAAUUCGUUCAAACGAUGUUCUACAAGUUGAAAGCUCGCCACGUACCCUCUUGGCACAGGAAAACCUUUGGAGAAAUUGUGGACUUCCUUAAUGAUAAAAUACGUCCAAAGUAUGAAGAGAAGUUGAAAAAAAAAGCUACAGAUUCUAGUGAUUGCAGCACAGAGGCUGCUGUUCAUAAGCCACUGAAACGUGUAUUUCAGUUAAGUGACAUUUUUAACAGUGAUAAUGAUGACAGUGAUUUGGAAGAUGAGGAAGAUGAGGAAGAUGAGGACCACAAAGCACACCCAGCAGCAAGUAAGAAACGGUGUAAAAAAUCAUCACGGCCUCCGGCAGCUAGAAAACGGAACUGAAAACGUCUUCUGUGCAAGAGCUCUGUAAUGUCCUUUAAAAUUGGGGUUUGUCACUGCCUGUACUUGCAAUAGCAAUGCCCUGUUGUAGCAGAUAUACUGGUCCUUCCAAGUAACUACUGUUGCUCGAGUCACCUGCAAUGUCUUGUUGAGGUUUUGACAAUCUUUGGCAUGGUGGUUGCUUUGUUGGAUUGCCUUUUAAGAACUUGCGAUGUAACUGGCACUUGAACUGAAAAGUCAUAACUGUUCGGUGUACACACGCAAGGUGGAUCUUUUCAUAGUAAAGUACAAAACCCUCCAGGAAUGAAUCCAGGAGCCAAGUCAGACUGGCAAAUCAAAGCUGUUGUCAUUUUUUGAGACAAAGUAGGAUCUCCCACCAUCAAUUGGCAGAAGUUAAAAUACAGUUUUCUCCACUAUGCACAUUGAUUAUGUAAUCCCUAAAUGAGGGGACCCUAUCUGGCAGAGUGUUAUAGUCUUUCCUUUAUGUACGAGAAUAUUGCAGAUUUUUGUUUAGGAAAAAUAACUUUAAUACUGGUUCCUGUAUAUAGAGAAAUGAUUUUUGAGAAAGAAGAUGCAGAAAAAAAUAUUUUUAAAUGAAAUGCCACUGUUACUUAUUGGUACUUUAUUAAAAAAAGUUUGAAUGCA